AGAAAGUCAUUUGUCAAAUGAAAAUUAAGAAGGGACGGAUUACAGAUACUAAUAUUUAUUUAUUCUCAGAUUCUAAGCGUUUUAGAAUUUUGGAUUUUUUUAAAUUAAAGCUGUUUUAGAAUUUAGACUAGACGUCUUAAUUAAUUUGGAAUUAAGUUUCAAAAUGGGCGGCCACGGACACGGACCGCCGUACACAAUCCCGAAGCACACAGAUUUCCAAAUAAAAGGAAUUCCACAACUAGAAGAGCUAGAAAAAGCGCUGGCACAGAAAGGCCUUAAAGAUCCGUGGAUCAGGAAUGAAGCGUGGCGGUACCACCCUGGGUUCGGCACCAAGUGGCUACGCGCCAGGAAGCUGUUCUUCCGAGGCUUCGGCUUGGGGCUGGCGCUGACCGUGGCCACGGUGGCGGUCGAGCGCGCGGCUGGCGGCGGCCACGGCGCCCACCACUAGUGCCGCCGCCUCUCGCUUAGCGCAAUAAACAGAUGUUAGUUCUUUCGAUAAUAUAUCAUAUUACUUCUCAA